AAUAGUUGCCGUUGCCGUUAUAUUCUGAGCGCGGCGCGCACCCAACGCAAAUCCGCUCCGCUCUUCACCAAGCCUACACACACUGCAAGUUUCUGCAAAGUUUGGAAAAAUCCCUUUUUCCAUCUUUACGAUAGUGCACCGGACAAUACAUCAAAGUUCCGCUUCGUACACGUGCGGUAGUUUUAUUGUCCGACUGGUUUACUCAUCUCUAAGAUAUAUUACCCAUUACCACAGAGAAAGUCUGUGUCCGAAGGUAAAGUUCGAGCAUGUGGUGGAAGCACGACCAGUCAUCAUCAGCCGCUCACGAGUUUACCGAGUUGUAGUAACUUGUUUGACGCAUUCAACGCGCAGACCUCAGCGAAUCUAGCACGCGGUGUACCGUAACGCUAAGUAAACCGCGCGCGCGCACUACUUGUGUAACGCGCAAGUUCAAGUUCAACAAGUUACAAAAGAAUAAAAAAGAAAAAAAAGUGUAUUUAAUAUAAAAAUAUAUUGUGUGGAUUUAUGUUGAAAUUGUGUUGUGAACAAAUGUGUGCAAAAUUAGUAUUAUUGCCUUUGAUUAGUGCGUAUAGCUAACGUUUAAGGUGACUUAGUGUUUGGAAGUAGUGAUUCAACGUAUUAUUUGUAUCGAAACAUGAAUAUCCUCAGCGAUAACGAUUCGUUAACAAGUGGCAAGCUGUCGCAGGUGAUCAACAAUAAUUUCUCGGUGUUGAUCGCCACGGAGUUUGCGGAGAUCACCGAUCCGGAAUACGAACAAUUCUUGGCAGAUGUCUGGGUGGGUAUUGUGCUCACCCUGAUGGUACUCAGCUGCGUAUGCUGCAUGUGCUCAUGUCUACUGUAUCAUAAAUUUCAACAGUGGAAACGCAGCGUGAUAGAAGCCCGUCAGGCAGCAGAUUUGGAAGCCGGCAGCGGAUAUCGACCCGACCUUGAUACCCUGCCGAGCUACACCAUCGCCUCGGGCCUGCCGACCUACGAGGAAGCGCUCGAGCAGUUGAAGAAAGUCAAAGAGAUUGUCAAAACGCACAAAUCGACAAUCGCCACAACGCCCACGCCGAUCCACACGACAAAAAGUAGCUCGGCGUGUAUAACACCAUCACAAUCAUCAUCGAGAUUAUCGAUACAUAGACUUUCAGUAACUGAAUUGUUUCAGUUGUACAAAAACGCCACUAGCGGCGCGGGGAAUAACGCGAGUGAUUCUGCAUGUGCAAAAACUUAAACAAAUAAAAAGUCUUGUUUUUUAAUUUUACAAGAUUUACAAGAAGAAAAUCUUCUUGAUGUUUAUUUAUUUAUAUAUAAAUUAAUUGUGAUUUAUCGAUGUAAAUAUGAAAAGACUUCAAAUGAGAAUAAAACUUAAGCUAAUUGUUAUAAAACUUAAA